GAGUCGAUUCUUUAAAGCUACCUGUAUAUGAGAAUCGAAGCGUGCGUCUAGAAAUAGAGCACUUUUAAAGAGCCGUUCAUAAAGUAGGAAUCGAAUCAAUCACGAGUUAGCCAUCAUUAGCGAGAACAUGACCGGGUGUCCGAGUGCUCUCAUUUCAUACAGCUGUAUUUAGUUGAUAUUUCAAGCAGAUAGUCGUUAAUAUAUGAUAUGCAAUACGAUGGUUACGGAAUUACGAGAUGACUGUCACUGAAACGGCUUGCGUCUGGUCUUUUCGAAAGCAGCGUGACAGCCUGAUGUUGAUGUAACUGGCUCUGUGAGGGAAAACGACCGCCACCGUGGAAGAAACCAGCAGCACAUGGCACCAGGCCUACACAAACUCGGGCUACAGCCCUGCUCCAACAUCACCCGAACACUUGUGCAGGGCCUGUGGAGGCCACUUCGACACGGCAAGCAAGAAUGUGUGUGUAGACUGCAAGAAGCACUUCUGCAGCCGUUGCUGGGUGCAGCCCGAGCUCAGGCCCGCGCUGUGCCAGACGUGCCGGCGCUUCGUUGGGACUCGUUUUGAGCGGAGCCAGCUGAUGGGGCUGAAGGUGAAGGAGCUGCGUGACUACCUGCACCUGCACGACGUCCCCACUCACACGUGCCGCGAGAAGGAGGAGCUGGUGGAGCUUGUGCUGGACCAAAACACACCCAGCAGCAGCAGCAACAGCAGUAGCAGUAGUAGCAGCAGUAACGGUUGCAGCAACUCCGCCCCUCCGCCAGCCGCCCCAGAUGUCUCGCAGUCCCACACUCCUCCAUCCCAGGCAGCCGAGGAGCCGGGGUCUCUCACGGAGGAGGACGAGGAGGAGGAAGAAGGUGAAGAUGAAGAGGAUGAUGACGACGAUGAGUCGACAGACAGCGAGGAGACAUUGGUGCACAGUCGCAGGGCCUCUCUGUCUGAUCUGAGCAGCGUGGAGGACAUCGAAGGUCUUACAGUGCGGCAGCUGAAGGAAAUCCUGGCACGCAACUUCGUCAACUACCAGGGCUGCUGUGAGAAGUGGGAGCUGAUGGAGAGAGUUACACGGCUCUUUAAUGACCAGAAAGACCUCCACAAUUUGGUUUCAAACACUAAAAACGAGUCAGGCACAGUAGCGGAACCAGCCGAGCCGAGCGGCCAGGAGGAGAACCUGUGUAAGAUCUGCAUGGACUCGCCCAUCGACUGCGUGCUGCUGGAAUGUGGCCACAUGGUGACCUGUAGCAAGUGUGGCAAGCGCAUGAGCGAAUGUCCCAUCUGUAGACAGUAUGUGGUGCGCGCCGUGCACGUCUUCAGAUCCUGAUGGAGGGCCAUGAAGCGCCUGAGAACCUGGAGAGCGCUCCUUUAAUAUCCACACACAUUCCACAUACUGUUCCUGUAUGGAGGCCCUUAGAGAUGUGAGGCUCAGUCAGCAUUCUGUUUGGUUCUCCUUAUCGUUUCCUACAAGACUUCUAACUUAUUAUUUUUAUUUUUAUUUUUGCUUAAUCUGGGGAUCUCGGCAUGCGUAUCCUUUUCCGCACCGUCCUCCAUUAUAACAAUUCCCUGUGACGUUUGACUGUGAAUGGACACGUUCAGUUGCUAGCUAGAUAUCUAGCACAUUUUCAGAAACAGUUAACUUUAUCAUAUAAUAACAUAUCAUGAAAUUUAUUAAGCUAGGAAAGAACAAGCAAACUCAGCUUAUCUAGCAAACAUAUCUCUGCAGCUGUAGCGUGUUUGGUUAGGUAGCUGUUAUAGCAAAUGUCGCUGACUAACAAUGUCUUUUUCGGCUCCAGGGAAGAGGGGGCCGUAGGCAAUUUGCAUAGUUGCCAUCUAAGCUGCUUUCCAGCACGUGUCCAUGGUGACCGUUUGAGUUAUUGUGCUUUUUUUUGUUUUCUCAUCACUGUGCAUUAUGCCUUUGUUGACUUUUCUUCAUGUGUUUUUAUUGCACAUGGUCAUCGAGUGUAAGACAGGUUAAGGACGUUUAUACCACAGCAUUGUUGAAUUCUCGAUCCUGAUUGGUCAGUAGGUUGCUUAACAACAUGCAGAUUACAGGGGCACAUUAACGCAUACGUUCCAACAUGUUUAACUGACAGGUGCAAACGCUCUGUGUAAUCUAAGACUAAAUAACAAUCUGGCAACAAUCUAAUCAUACUUAACAAAGAAAAACGUGUAAAUGUUGAGAGGUUUAUUUAGCACUUAUGGAAGAAGUCUCCAGCAUCAGCGCUUUGUUAGUUUUCGAUCUCGUGAAAGUCUCCCGAAUAGAGGACUUUGCUCAUCAAGGUUUCUUAUUAAUGUCAAGGAAAAAGAAAGAGGUGUGGUUGAGGGAAUAACUCUUUAUAGCUGCUAUAAUGUAUUCACAACAUUAAAUGUAACUAUAAACAGCAUGUUGUUCUUUAAUUAAUCAAAAAAAAAUUAAUCACUGUCAAAUUGCUGUGGUAUAAGAGGAAUAAAACACACUGUUGAUUGUUUUCCUACAGUA